AUGGAAGUAUUCAACAAUUCACGUGUUCGUUUAGAUAAACGUUUUGAUUGGGUUGGUCCACCAGAUCGUCUUUCUAAAAUACGUCCAAUAAAACUUCGUAUAGUUGACAAUGAAACAGAGAUAGAAAGAAAAUAUCGAAUGGAUCGGGAAGAGUUGAACGCGUGGAAUUCAAAAUUUUGGGAAAAUCAUAAUGCUUCUUUUGAAAGACAAAGGGACAAUUUUAUAAGUGAACGUAAAAAAGAAUUAGGUAGACUUGGUAAUGUUACAGCAAAUGAUAUGUCAACAUUUUAUAAGAAAUUUUUAAAUGAUGAAUAUGCUUCUUUAAGCCAAUAUAAUAAAACAUGGUAUAUACGCAAUUUUCAAUUGCUAUGGCCAGCCUUCAAGGUUAAUAUUAUUAGAUUAUCUAGAUUAUUUAGAAAAUAA